AUGAAGCAAGAAGAGCAAGAGCAGAAAUUUAAACGACAGUUGCGCAUGCGUAAUGCGCAAUCGAUGAUUGGUUCUCCCGACAUUCCUUUCAGUCUCCCUGCGCUUCCCCAUCGUUUCGAAGUACUCAAGUCGCCGCCUCACAAGGCUGUAUCAACGAGUUGGUCGUUGUCACCACUUCUUGCACCACCGGUUCAGUUCUGA